AUGUCAGAAAAUACUAAGUCUUUGGCUCGCAAGGGGCGGGGUUCAUGCUCGCCAGUCAACCCUAUGACCCCUAAGUCACCUUCAGUCGAGCCACUCACUCCUAUUCAACUAGAAGAAGAUGCUGUCGCUUCGGUCGUUUCCCGCCUACAUAUCCCAGUGCUCCUGACGCAGCUUAUAAAGGCAUCGAAUGAGCUUGUGGGUAGUGAAGUGCUCGGCCAAUUCCUAUCCAUCUGUACCAUUUCUCAGCGAAAUGAACUACGCAGAAUAUCCGAGAAGCUUUAUCAGAGUUGUAACGACUUCUGCACCGAUGACCAGAAUAAAGCUGAUGAGAUAUCAAUAUCUCAGAAAGACCCCCUUCAACCCAACACCACCGGCAAUGACGGGUCAAAGGCCGGUCUCGGAGAACAGCGUAAGGCUAAUUUGAGGCCAUCCCUCAAGAUUGCCCUUCCGUCCAACGACAUACUUGAUAGAGCCCAAUCUACUAUUGAGGUCCUACCAGAAGGGAGAAGGGCACUUGACGGCAAUUCAAAGUCUCUCACCAGGGAACAGCGUAUGUCUACAAUAUCUACUCCCGAUACAAAUGGCCAGAGCGAAGAUUUAGACUCGUCCACUGAGUCUUUCGUAUUAUGUUCGAAAUCAAACAACCGGAAGUCAUCGAAUAUCCAGCAUGCUUCGGAAAGUUCAAAUGGUAGAAAUAAAAGAUUCCGUAGGGCGUCUCGGGGCUCACGGCGGCCAAAGGUUUUACCUCUAAGCGACUCGGACUCUUACAAUACGUCUACUGUAAGACGGACAUCAAGAGCUCCAAGCCCCGUGAAUAAUCUCCUCGAAUCUAGUCUUCCAAGUCCCGAAGACUCCCCUUUGAAAGGAUGUGAGCUAAGGUCUCAGGGGCAUCGUACUGGCAAAGGUGAUAGCCAGUUACUUCCACCGAUGGCUACGCAGUCCAGUGCCGAGUUUGCGAUGGAAAGUCUAUCCGAGAUUCAGGACUUCAAGCUACCAGAUAAUUCAUUAGACACCUACAAGGCUAUAUUCGCUUCACUAAAGCGCGAACAACAAGAUGAGUCGGUUUGGUCAGACGGAUCGGAAUGGAAGGGUCUAGUUGAAACGGCUUUUCUGGGCCGCCGAAGGAGUUCGAUUCACUAUGCCCUAACCGCGAUGGCACUGAGCCGCUGGUACGACGGCCAGGCAAGGCGGUACUCAUUAAAACCCCGCGCAGCUGCAACGGAGGUAUCGAGAAGGCUUCUUGGCGAACCCCCGAAAGAUUCAACCCAGAAGAUAGGGUGGGAAUUGCGCCGCAAGCGUCUCACGACACACUUGACGCGCGGCAGGAAAUGGGCUAAGCUAGUGGAUAGUCUUGGUUUCGGUAUUCUUUUCAAGGAUGCAUGGACGCUUGUCAAGACGGAUGAGCCUUUGCUGAUGAGGAUCAUCGCUUGCCUCCAAAUGUGCCCAGAGAAGAUGUGUAUUCUUCAGCUUCUAGGGGAGCAGAUGGAUCUGCUGCUUGAGCACGGGCAGACGCGCCCGGAUAUUCUAGAGCAGUCCCUCGAGAAACAAAAGCUUCUGGAUCGACGACCUUCUGUCAAGCUUACUAAAAUAAUCUCGGAAGGGAUUACAGACCUUCAAGCCAGGAUGAGGACGACCUCCUCAGAAGGCCAUUUUGAAAUUGAAUCUGCACAGUUUCGGUUUAACAGUGAUAUUCUAAGUGGUCUAGAGGGGUCGAACUGGAUUAGCCAUGAGCUGAUUUUGCUUUGCAUGCAUCUGGCCGAUAGGUUGCCGCAUAUUCGCAUCGGUUUCUCGGUUCCUAUUCAUGAAAAUAUUCGAGGACGAGAACGGAAAGUACUGCGUGAUCCCUUUGAAAGGGCUGCCGACCAGAUCGAGAAAUGGAACAAGGCAGAAAGCGAGGAUCGCCUAGUUUGCUUCUUCCCACUUUUCCAGAACGAUAACCAUUUCAGUCUUCUUGAGAUUAACCAGAGGGAUGGUCGCAUUUACCACUACGACUCUAAAGGAUAUAAAACUAGUGACAUCCAAGCGGCAUGCAAAAGGAAAUUUCCCAACCUACAGUACAUGAAUCAGAAAACCCCUUGUCAACUUGACGAUUUUAGCUGUGGCCCGUUGGUCGUUUCAAUGGCACGCCGCCGCAUGCUAUGCCAAGAUGUCAUUUGCGGUGACAUUGGCGAAGAAGAUGCCCUGCAACUCCGAGCCGAUGCUUUAAGCUUGGUCACAAAAGCUUGGUUGAGCAGCGUCAUAAUUCCAGCUCAAGCCCCAAUGGGAAAAAGAAAAAGGAAAUUUCUUACAAAGUACGACGGAGCUUCAAUCAAACGGCACAAGGCAAUACUGAUUGAAGAUUAA